AUGACAAUUCAGAACGAAUGGUACUACCCCGAUGAUAUCGCCCAUGACCUUGAUGGGAUUGACCUACCAAAAGACACCAAGGACGAGGUCCUGGCGUGCGCUUGGGAGUACUCACGGUCCGUAAUCCCACAGUACACGAACUGGGUGCGCUAUAUUGCAUUUAUGCGCAUCAUUACCAUGGGGAUCAUUGCCGAGUUUCAGGGUACCAUGGUCGAUGUCACUGCUGGGCCAAAAAUCCUCAAUUAUGAUCUCGAUGAAGUUCUAGAUGAACUUUUCCACGGCACCCCUGGGCAUCUUGAUAUGGCCCGCGAAUACAAAACCUUUCUUUUGAUUACAUCUCAAAAAGUCACUCACGCCAACAGCGAACUAUUCCGCCGAUAUGUCAACGCUCUUGUCAGCUCACCACAGCAGUGGUUUCGGAUGCGAGACUGCGAUGCCCUAGCUCGAUUUACCAUAGCUUCUGCCCUGGCUUGCAACGAUCUCCUUGACACUUGGUUCACAGAUGCGCAAUAUGAUAUUUUCUGCGAGAUCGGUGAUACUAUGUAUGACGCCGUGGCUUUCUAUAAGCAUCGCUCUGAGGGAGAGACAAACAGUACCUUUGCCUACAUGCCAGAAGACCAUCGCAUUGAUGCCUUUCACCGGGCACGACAGGUUCUCUGGGCGAUAGACCUGGCAAUGGCUGGUACACCUGGGCAUCUCGCUGUUACCAACUUCCUACGCAGCUUUGGUGGCCCCAUCCAUAUGAUGAUGCGGCGGUACCGCUUCGUGGAGGAGGACCUUACAGUGGGCAAGCGUGAGACCAAAGAGGUUAUCAACCAGACACGUCUCAACAAGAAGCUUUGGAAUCGCAUCGACAGGAGAAAGACCGAUAUAGCCGAAGAUAUUGAGCAUUACAAUAGGUCCAUGGCGAGAAGCGAUGAGUUCAUGUUCCGUGGUUUGGCGGACUAUCUUGAUGGGGCGGACAGCCAACAUUGCCCUGAGUGUAUAUAUCGUGAGGUCUACGGUGCCCAAAGGGACCAUUGCUUUGGAGGUGUGCAGCUCUGUGAUCAGUGUCGUCUUGAAUGGGGGCAUUUCCUCGAGACUCUCCCCGACCGUGCCAAGCGAGCUUUCCCACAUCUGAAUUUGAGGGUUUAA